AUGAUGAUAAUUGAAUUGAUAAUUCGGAAAACUAGGAAUCAAUGUUUUUGUUGGGUACUAAAACAAGUUUGGUUCGUAUAUUUUGAAUUGCAAACCCCAAGUAAGGGUGGAAUGGGAAUGCCUCAAGGCAAUAUGCCCGGACAGUUGCAAUUACCACCCGGUCCGAAUAUGCCUGGUGGUCCUGGACCAAACCAGAUGCCUGGGCUUAUGCCUAACAGCGCAUUAACAGCUUCUUUACAAAGUCAACCUCAACCAAAUUUGGCUGAAUUAAUGGGGUCCAACAAUUUUGUACCACAAAGUAAUCAGGUAGUCCCUAAUAGUCCAUCAGUUCAAAUGAUGCCUAGUCCUCAACCAACUGGACAACCCGUCAAUGUUAAUAAUCCAAACAUGCCUUUACAGAGUCCUGGAGGCGUUGGAAAUGUUGGUGUUCGUCCAUCACAAGGCCAAUACAGUGAACAAAUUGAGAUGGCUAGAAAGCAAAAUUUAGCCAAGAUUCAGCAACUUCGUCAGACACUAGAAUUAGCACAACAACAAGAAUUACAGUAUAAGUCUCAAAUGGAGAUACAAAGUAAUCAAAUGAACAUACCACAAAUGCAGCAAUGUUUGGAACAAGCCCAAAUGCAAGAAAACAUAUUGAAGUCUCAGCUAGAAAUACGUAAUCAAAUGAAUGUGCCCCAAAUGCAACAAAAUCUGGAACAUGCUCAAAUGCAAGAGACCAUAUUAAAAGCACAGUUGGAACAUCAACAAGAAGAACAACACAAAUUGCGAACCCAGCAAUUCCAUAUCCAUCAACAGCAACAGCAACAACAACAGCAGCAACAACAGCAACAGCAAUCAAGACAAAUGGUUCCUGGAAAUCAAUCACCACAGAUUAUGGGUAAUAGUGCACCACAGCAGAGAAUGCAAAUGCGACCCGUUAUGUCCAGUAAUCCUGGUCUCAGACAUUUAUUACAACAACAACCACAAUAUAGACAACAAAUGAUGGGCAUGCAACAGGUUCCCGUUGCUCAAGGCAGACCCUUGCAACCUCAACAACAGCAACAACAAUAUAAUGAUGAAGUUCAUGCAUUUGACUUUCUUAACUAA